AGCGCCUCGCCGGACCCACUGUGUCCACACUGCUCUCCCUGGGCAGGAGCACUGAGGAGGAAGGGAUGGCUGUGGAUCUGCUGCCCGCUCAGGAGUCCGUGACAUUCAGGGAUGUGGCCGUGUUCUUCAGCCAGGACGAGUGGUUGCACCUGGGCUCUGCCCAGAGAGCCUUGUACCGGGAGGUGAUGCUGGAGAACUACAGCAGCCUGGUCUCACUGGGGAUUCCAUUUUCAAUGCCAAAGUUGAUUCAUCAGUUGCAACAAGGAGAAGAUCCCUGCUUGGAGGAAAGAGAAGUCCCUUCAGACACCUGUGUAGGUUUCAAGACUUGGCCUGAAACAGAAGCAUUGCCUCAUAGACAGGACGUUUUUGUAGAGGAAACAUCUCAGGGAAUGAUAAAGGAAGAAUCCAUUAAGGAUGGUCCCUGGGACCUUAACUCUGAAGAAGCUGUGGAAUUUGAGAGCAGGAUAGAAGAGGAGCAAGAGAAGAAACCUCUCAGGCAAAUGAUAGUCUCGCAUGAGAAAACCAUCAGUGAAGAUGGAAACCAUACGAGUCUUGAAUUGGAGAAAAGCUUAUUUAUAAAUACAGCUCUCAUCGCACAACAGAGUGUUCCUAUAGAAAGGAUACCCAAUAUGUAUUAUACAUUUGGGGAAGAUUUUAAACAGAAUUUUGAUCUCAUGAAAUGCUUCCAAAUUUACCCAGGAGGAAAACCUCACAUCUGUAAUGAAUGUGGGAAGAGCUUCAAGCAGAAUCUUCAUCUUAUUGAACAUCAGAGAAUUCAUACAGGUGAGAAACCCUACAAAUGUAACGAGUGUGAAAAAACCUUCAGCCACAGAUCAUCCCUUCUUUCUCAUCAGAGAAUUCAUACUGGAGAGAAACCUUACAAGUGUAAUGAGUGUGAGAAAGCAUUUAGCAACAGUUCAACCCUUAUCAAACAUCUGAGAGUGCAUACCGGAGAGAAACCGUAUCGAUGUAGGGAGUGUGGUAAAGCCUUUAGCCAGUGUUCAACCCUCACUGUACAUCAGAGAAUUCAUACUGGAGAGAAACUCUAUAAAUGUGGUGAAUGUGAGAAGGCCUUCAACUGCAGAGCAAAACUUCACAGGCAUCAAAGAAUCCAUACAGGCGAGAAACCCUAUAAAUGUAGUGAGUGUGGGAAGGGUUACAGCCAGUUUACCUCUCUGGCUGAACAUCAGAGGCUUCAUACUGGAGAACAGCUGUAUAAAUGCCUGGAAUGUGGGAGAACCUUCACACGUAUUGCAACCCUUAUUGAACAUCAGCGCAUUCACACUGGACAAAAACCUUAUCAAUGCAAUGAAUGUGAGAAAGCCUUCAACCAGUAUUCAUCCUUUAAUGAACAUCGGAAAAUUCAUACUGGGGAAAAACUUUAUACAUGUGAGGAAUGUGGGAAAGCCUUUGGUUGCAAAUCUAACCUUUAUAGGCAUCAGAGAAUUCACACCGGAGAGAAGCCGUAUCAGUGUAAUCAGUGUGGAAAGGCGUUCAGCCAGUAUUCAUUUUUAACGGAACAUGAGAGGAUCCACACUGGGGAGAAACUGUAUAAAUGUAUGGAAUGUGGGAAAGCCUACAGUUACAGAUCAAACCUUUGUAGACACAAAAAAGUUCACACUAAAGAGAAACUCUAUAAAUGGAAGGAAUAUGGGAAACCAUUAAUCUGCAGCUCCUCACUCACUCAGUAUCAGAGAUUUCUUAGAGGAGAUAAGGCCUAUGAGGCUUAGUUCAUCUCUCAAAUAAUCCAGGACUUCUCACUGGGGAAUAAGGAGAAUAAUCAAUAGGGUACAAACUCCUAAUAGAUUUGUCUUUUUUACUUCUCCUGAAGGAAAUAUGUUAGUUACCACUAAGUAAUGAUAAAAUUGAUCAGUGAAAUUAUGAAGAGCACUGACUUGCUAAGUUUUAAAAGAACCAUAAAUUUGAAGGUUUCUAAAAACCUAUGAAUAUUUAAUUGAUAGAAAAAAUGUAAAAGGCCUAACUUUUAAAAAAUCAUGAAAAAUAGUUAAAUAUACAUUUUGUUUCUCUCAUAAGACCGUAUUCCCUUUAUAAGAGUAAGCUUCAAUGUGUGAAUUUUCUUUUAAAAACAGUCACUGAGUUAUUAAUAAUGUAAAUAAGUGUGUGGCCUUCUUUAAAAUAGCCAGCCAACAUAGGAAGCGCUUAUUUUCAUAAAGGGAAGCUAAACAUAAAAAUGAAUUAUUUAAAUUUAACUCUUCACCUGGAAAUAAUAAAGCUCUUUUUAUGAGCUGUCCCACCAGCAACUUACAUAUGUAAACAUACGUAUAUACACAUAUGCAUGUGUGUGUGUGUAAACGUAAAAGUCCUUUAUUAUUAAAAAA